AUGGAAAAGAUAGAUGAAAGAAUUCAACAAUCAAAGAAUUUCAUUCAAGAUGAAUCAUUAAAUAGCAGUGCUAGGGUAGAGUUGAUUGAGGAACAACAGAGAGCAUUUCUAAAUGUUUAUAGAGUUAAUAAUAACAACAUCAUCAUUGGUAAUAGCACUCAUCCAUGUAAAGAAUUGGGAGAACAAGCGUUACAUUGUCUACAGAAUGAGGCAGAUCAAUUAAAUUGUCACAAUAUAAUUAAUUGUUUGACUGAUUGGGAUGAUGUCAAUAUUGUUAUGGUUGUUAUUGUUAUUGUUAUACUUAUGAUUAUGAUGAUGAUGAUGUGGAUGGGUGGAUGUUUCGAAUUUAGUGAUACUAAAUUAUCUUAUUAUCUUAUUAAUCAUUAUGCAGUGGGUGUAUAA